AUGACCACUCAACCGACAACACCAGAACCGACCAUGGCCGUGUCGCACGGUGAGAAACGGGACGAGGAGUCUCAAAAGAGUUCCCCAGUCCAGCCCGAGACCAAGGAGGCCGCCACUGAUGCCCCAUCCGAAGAUGACGACCAAGGGCUGCACGAUAACUCGAACGUCCCCCAGCUAUCGUACCUGAAGCUGUUCUGGUUCUUCUUCUACAACUUUGGUCUCUUCGCCUGGGGCGGCCCUGUUGCGCAGAUCGCCUUGAUCAAAGACAAACUUGUGACCAAGGACAAGUGGAUCAGCCUCCCUCGCUUCCAGCGCGUUUUUUCUGUUUACCAGAUCCUUCCGGGCCCGGAGGCCGCCGAGUUGUGCAUGUUUUUCGGCUGCUUGUCUGCGGGUAGGAUAGGCGGUAUCAUUGCGGGCAUGGCAUUCAUCCUUCCAGGUUUUCUGUUAAUGCUCCUGGCCAGUUAUGUGUACACGCUAGCUGGUUUCGACAACAUAUACUUCAAUGCCUCCUUUCGGGGCCUGCAGCCUAUCGUCGCAGCAAUGAUGUUGAGAGCAACUCACAAGAUCGCCGAACACUCUGUGAUGAAGCAUGGCACGAAGAAGAUCGACCCGUUUCUCGUUAUCGCGGCCGUUUGUACAGCCAUCAACUGCGCACUUCGCCUAAAUAUCUUCAUCUCCCUCGGCUUGUACGGCAUAAUCUACAUGUUCAUCGCGCGCCGCCUCUGGAUCCCCGCCGCUGUGCUCUUCGUCCUGCAAUACGUCGGCUAUGCAAUCUACGCCGUCUUCCGCGGCGUACCAUCGCCGGUGUCGCUCGCCCUUGGCGUCGCCCGAACGCCGUCGCUGAUCAACCUCUUCGUGCUGGGACUGGUGUCCGGCGCGCUGUCGUUUGGCGGCGCGUAUACCGCCAUCCCAUUCGUGCAGGUAGAGGCGGUCCUCUUGGGCGCGUGGCUCCCGCAGAGCGUGUUCAUCGACGGGAUUGCCAUCGGUAAUAUCCUGCCGGCGCCGCUCGUCAUCUUCGCGACUUUUGUCGGUUUCCAGGGCGCGUAUCUGGAAAAUGCGUCUCUGGGCAACGCGUUCGCAGGUGCAGUCAUCAUUACUCUAGGGAUGUUUUUCCCUUGUUUCCUGUUUACCAUUGCUGGACAUGAGCUGUUGGAGAAGUUGGUCCAGAAUCAGUUCCUCGCUAGCUUUUUCGACGGUCUCUGUGGCUCGGUCAUUGGUGUUAUCGCCAUGAUCGCAGUGCAGAUCCUUAAAGCCAGUGUCGAAGGCAGUUUGGACAGAGUCAAGGACAAGACUCUUGGUGAGGCCGUUACGGCAACCGCUCAGGUUGGCCCAGCGGCAGUUAUUUAUGUGCUUGCCCUGGCAGUUCUCUACAAGUUCACCAACAAGUACACCUCGCUCUUCUUGGUUAUCGCGGGCGGGGUUGCGGGGCAGUUCCUCUUUGUCGACCUCUAA